AUAUAUAUAUUUCGACCUGGCCACCCGGCCUUGUGGGCAUCUCUGCGUCGUGUGCUUUUCAGUUUUCGAACCUGGAUAUCACCACCUCUUAGUACUGAGCAAACCCUAUUGUGAAGGCGAGCUUACCAGCGGGCUCACAUCUACUUGUCAACAGUGUACAUUUUGAGAAACUACGGAACAACGGCAUUGGUCUCAGCCAGAGCGGAUAGAAUCAUAGUCUUAUCUCCGGAACGAUGGCUACUCCCAUAGUCUUCGCCUCGUAUCCUGCGAGCAGUCUUUUCAAGUUUCCUCCACACUCAGACCCGCAGCCGAUUCCGCCGCCACACUUCAAUUAUCUCUUUACCAUCCCAGACAAAUGGUACACAGCAGCACUGGAUCCCAAGGUUCCUAUCACAGUAGCCACGGUCUAUGCAGUCACUGCUAAAGCUCUCAAUGCCUACAACAAAUCCACUGGCAAGAAGCCAUGGGCGAUCAGCAAAACUAGAGCCUUCAAUGCCUUUGUCGUUCUACAUAACAUCUUUCUAGCUGUGUAUUCAGCCUGGACAUGGUACGGGAUGUUGAGGGCGCUUCAAAGUACAAUUGUUAGCCCCAGUGGUCCUGAUGGUUGGGCUGCUACUGUUGAUAGUUUCUGCAAGAUGAAUGGUCCUGCCGGCCUGAAAAACGCUCAGACGUACAGCACAGCAUCCGAGACGUGGGGUUCGUUAUCUGGAAUCGUGGGUUCUCCAAGCCGAGAGCAGGGUGGUCGGCUUUGGAACAAUGGACUUGCUUUCUAUGGCUGGCUUUUCUAUAUCAGCAAGUUCUACGAGGUCUUCGAUACCCUUAUUAUCCUCGCCAAGGGUAAAUACAGCUCGACCCUGCAAAGUUACCAUCAUGCUGGUGCUAUGAUGGCGAUGUGGGCGGGCAUGCGUUACAUGUCUGCCCCUAUCUGGAUUUUCGUGUUCUUCAACUCUGCUAUUCAUUCGCUCAUGUAUACUUACUACACCGUGACCGCGUUCAAUAUUCGCGUGCCCACUCUGAUCAAGCGUUCCCUCACGUCGCUCCAGAUUUCUCAAUUCAUCGUCGGUGCCUCGGCAGCUAUGGUACACUCCUUCGUUUCUUACCUUGUGCCUGUCCAGGGUAGUGGCUCAGGGACGAAAUAUCAGAAGGUAGACUGCAUUCACUCGACUGGCCAGACGUUCGCCAUCUGGUUAAAUGUAUCUUAUCUUGCACCUCUCACCUAUCUGUUCAUGUCAUUCUUCGUUGCAAGUUAUCUCCGCCGAAGCAAGGCCGAGGUUGUACGAGGAAAGACCGAUCGUCGUCGUAGCAAUGCCGUCUUAGCCGAAAAGGCAAGUUGGGAUGCAGCACGUGGGAUUGAGCGUGAGAUGUAUGGUGAAAGCAACGAAGGUGUCAUCAUCGAAGAUAGCGAUGAGUCAUCUAGCUCUGCCGAGGCGAAUAGCAAGAGGAAAAACUAGGGAGCUGGCGCGCAUCGACAAGAUUGAGACGAAAUGAGCUAGUGGAUUAUAGUCCUUGUCAGGGAUAUGAUGAAUUCAAGAUUGCAUCAAAAGGAUUACAAGGGUCAUUGGAGUUUAGGCGUAGGAAAAUA